AAUCGAAUUCCUCCAUCUCUCCCCAUCUCUCCCUCUCCUCCUCCUCCCCAAGAAAAAAACCCAAAUGGCAUUCGCACCCCUUGGAAAGCCGUGCGUUAUCUGAAGAAGAGAAGGCCCCCAAGAGGAAGAGAAUCAUAUCAUGGAAUCGGGCACGAGGAAGAAGAAGAAGAACUGGAACGAGCUUGGGGUCGUGGACACCAUUUAUGAGGAGGAAGGCUACGAAGAAGAGAACUCCUCCGCCAGUUCUCCACCUUCUCUCUCCUCUCCUCCCGCGGAAAUGUGGUCAGUGAAAUCUUGCAGGCCGGACGUCGUGAUAAGAGUUCAAGGGACAUGUUUUCACCUCCACAAGGUCUCCCUCACGUCAAGGAGCGCCUACCUCAAGCGGCACCUCGCGGGCGUCUCCGAGCUCACCCUCUCCCCGCCGUUGAAGAUAACGGCGGCCACGUUCCGCCUGGUGGCCGACUUCUGCUGCGGGGCCCACGUUGUGGUGACGCCGUUCAACGUGGCGGAGCUCUCCACCGCGGCGGCGGCGCUGGAGAUGACGGCGGGCGACGGCGGCGACGGGGCCGACGACCUGAGGCUCGUCGCGGAGACCUACUUCCGUCAGUACGUCGGCGAGAACCGGGAGUACGCCUCGAUUCUGUUCCGCUCGUGCUUGGGUCUGUUGCCCGAGGCGGAGACGGCGGCGUGCCUCGUCAGCCGAUGCGUCGAGGCCUAUGGUCUGAUGGAAGACGGCGAGAGCGCGGGAGACGGGUCCGUCGCGUGCUUUGACGACGUCGUAACCGUAGGGGUCGAGGAUUUUCAAGUUAUGGUUGACUCGAUGCACGGUCGUUUGACCAGUCAUGACUUGCUAUAUAGAAUGGUCGAUGUGUAUCUUAAGGAACACGGUCGGAAAAUUACGGAGGAACGCAAGGACCAGAUAUGCAACACCGUCGACUGCACCAAGCUCUCGCCGGACCUCCUCCUCCACGCCGUCCAAAACCCUCGGAUGCCGCUGCGCUUCAUCAUCCGCGCCAUGCUCGUUGAGCAGCUGAGCACCCGGCUGCACGUCGUCCGUGCCUGCGACCGCCACCAGCCGCAGCGCAAGAGGCGCCAGAGCAAGGACGGGGACUCCUCCGCCGCCGCCGCCACGCUCGGUGCGAUCCUCCAGCGAGACGCCGCCGUCCGCCAGGCGGGGCAGUUGAAGGCCGCGAUGGACGCCACCAACUCGCGGAUCCAGAACCUCGAGAGGGAGCUCACCGGGAUGAGGCGGAUCCUUCGCGAGUCCACCACCGAGAGGCAGAGGAGCGGCGCCGCGGUGAUCGACUCGGCUCGAUCGGCUAGCUUCCACUACACAACGGCGGCAGAGAGCGGCAAGAUCGAGAGAGGAGACCGAGGGUCGGUCUCGUCGGUUAGCUGCAGGUUCAGCGCUCGAGGUGAGGCGGCGGUAGGACCAGGAGGAGGCUCGGAGUGGCCGGAGGAGAGAGGAAUCCCGGGCGGUCCCAAGAGCAUUCGGCAGAGGCUGAUCAGCGGAUUGAAGCACGCGUUUGGAGUGUCGAGCGAUUCCAAACCUGCGACAGGGAGCAAAUUUGCAGUAGGUAAUGUGGGGAGAGAUGUUACUAGGGUGGUAGAAAGAGGAAGAGCUGCCGUUUGAAUACGGAUUAAUUUUGGUCGGAUGGGACUUGUAAAAGCUUUGAAUGUGGAUAAAAUACGACACUGGGUUAGAUGUAGCAUUUUGGGCAAACGUUUGGUCAUUUCUUUUCCUUUUUUUUUUUUUGGUCGGAGAAAACAAUUGGUCAUUUCUUUACCCUAAAAAACUUGGGUGUUUGGUCUCUUUAAUUUUUCCAGUUCACCUUUUUAUCAUUGUAUUCCCUUUUCCUAGUCACUACUCAUCA